AUGAAGGUAGAGCAGGAUCCAUUGCUUCUAGAAGGCAAUGAAAUCACCUGGAAUAAUAAAAGGGGCUGGUUGGUUCCCAGCCACAUCUUUAAGAACAGUUCCACUUUCUUAGGCUUCUUCUGCUCCACCUCAGUCCACAACAACGAGCACAGAUCAUCUAUAUUUAUUGUGCAGGCAACAGGACUGAAGUUUUACGAGCUCAAGCUGUUUCCUGAGGACUCGCCCGUGGAGCUCAUGCAGGGGGAGGGUCUGGAGCUCAACUGCACGGCGCUGGUCGAGUUCAACACCGGUGUGGAAUUCCACUGGGACUACCCAGGCCAAAAGGAGAACAGGCUGGCAAGUUUUGAAUCUAUGCGUAACAUCCUGGACAAAGCCACGGAAGUCUCUAGUAUCCUUACAAUCAGAAGUGUUCAUGUGGAUGAUAGCGGUUACUACACCUGCUCUGCUGGUAGUGUGGAGGUGAAACAAGAGUUUACUACUGUCUUAGUUUACGAGAAACCUUUCAUCAGCUUGGACUACAGGAAUGGAUCAGUUAUAGAGGCAAAGGAGGGACAAAAAUCUGCCCGGCUGCCUGUGAAAGUGUCAGCAUACCCCUUACCAGAAACACAAUGGUAUAAGAAUGGCAAACUGAUCACCAGACGGCCAGAGUUCAGUCGGUUUAGGGUCCAGCAGCAUGCUCUGGAGAUCAGAGAUGUGUUUAAGCAGGAUGCUGGAGAAUACACACUGAUCCUGAAAAACACACGUGCAGCCCUGGAGAAAAGACUCAACUUUACUCUCAUAGUCAAUGUUCCUCCUCAGAUCCAUGAGAAGGAGGCAGCAGCACCUACUAACCCCUACAGGAGGAGCAGUCGACAGACGCUCACCUGCUCCGCCACCGGGACCCCUCCUGCCACCAUCACCUGGCAGUGGAGGCCGUGGAGCCCCUGCGGUCUCAACAGCACCCGCAGAACCUUGGGUCGAAGGGGUCAACGAGACAAGAUUCCCAUCUGUCAAAACUGGAUAGGUUUGGAUCCUGAACACGCUGUCAAUCCUAUCGAGAGUGUUGAAACGUUGACUGAGAUGGUGGACGGGAAAGAAAAGACUGUCAGCCGUUUGGUUAUUCAGAGCGCCAAUGUGUCGGCUAUGUACAAGUGCUCAGCAGAGAACAAAGUGGGAAGAGAUGAACGAUUGAUCUAUUUCUACGUGACCACUAUCCCAGAGGGAUUCGGGAUAGAGAUGGAGCCCUCAGAGGAUCCGCUCGAGCAGGACCUGGUACGGCUGAAGUGUAAUGCAGAUAAUUACACCUAUGAGAACCUGCGGUGGUACCGCCUGGACCCGCAGGCUGUUCCUCCAGAGCUGGACUGCAAAAGUCUGCACCAAUACACCGAGUCUCUGGGGGGAACGCUUUCGUUCCAGACCACCAGCAACAACUGGGUGCUGGAGCUCACCAUUACCAACAUCCAGCUGCAGGACGAGGGAAACUACGUGUGUGAGGUGCAGAACCGGCACAGUGGGGAGAAACAUUGCCACCGCAAGUACAUCCCAGUCAAAGCACUGGAGGCACCUCGAUACCGUAACAACCCCACCAAUCAGACAGUGAAUGUGAGCGAGUCGCUGCAGAUGGAGUGCGAUGUCGAGGGCACGCCCUCUCCCCAGCUGUCCUGGUUUAAAGAUAACCAACCCCUUCACCAGACAUCAGGGAUCUUCCUGCAGGACUCCAAUCGGACUCUCAGCAUUCAGCGAGUGCGAGAGGAAGACGCUGGUCUGUACACCUGCAAAGCCUGCAACCAGAGGGGCUGCGUUCAGUCCUCCGCCAAUGUGUCAGUCAUCGGCUUUGAUGACAAGACCAAUGUAGAAAUAGUGAUUCUCAUCGGAACGGGAGUCAUCGCCAUCUUUUUCUGGGUCCUUCUCCUUGUUAUCUUCUGCAACGUCAAGCGAGUGAACCCAGCAGAUAUCAAGACAGGCUAUCUGUCAAUCAUCAUGGACCCGGGGGAAGUGCCGCUUGAGGAGCAGUGUGAAUACCUGCCCUACGACUCCAGCCAGUGGGAGAUAUCCCGAGACAGACUGCUCCUCGGGAAGGUGCUUGGGCAUGGAGCUUUUGGGAAAGUGAUCGAAGCUUCAGUCUUUGGGCAUGACAAGAAAACCUGUUCAAACACAGUGGCAGUGAAGAUGUUGAAAGAGGGAGCCACAGCCAGUGAACACAAAGCUCUGAUGUCAGAACUUAAGAUCCUCAUUCAUAUUGGAAACCAUCUCAAUGUUGUCAACCUUCUUGGAGCAUGUACCAAACCCAACGGUCCUCUCAUGGUUAUAGUGGAAUAUUGUAAAUACGGAAAUCUCUCCUACUUCCUGCGUGCCAAAAGAGAGUUCUUCUUACCGUACAGGGACCGUUCUCCUAAAACCCAGAGUCAGGUGCGACGAAUGAUAGAAGCGGGUCAGGUCAGCCAGAAUGAAUGUCAGCCAUCCACCACUUCCAACAUCAACCCUCCAAUGCAGUCUCGUGCUGCAGUGGAUGAUCUUUGGAAGACUCCACUCACGAUAGAGGAUUUGAUUUGCUACAGCUUUCAGGUUGCUCGAGGGAUGGAGUUUCUGGCGUCUCGUAAGUGCAUUCAUCGUGACCUGGCGGCCCGCAACAUCCUCCUGUCCGAGAACAACGUGGUGAAGAUCUGUGACUUUGGUUUAGCAAGGGACAUCUACAAAGACCCUGACUACGUGCGCAAAGGCAAUGCUAGACUGCCGCUGAAGUGGAUGGCUCCAGAGAGCAUCUUUGAUAAGGUUUACACCAGUCAGAGUGAUGUAUGGUCAUUUGGAGUGCUGCUCUGGGAGAUUUUCUCACUAGGAGCGUCUCCAUACCCGGGCAUCCAGAUCGAUGAAGACUUCUGCAAGCGGCUCAAAGACGCUACCAGGAUGAGGGCACCAGACAACGCGUCCCCUGAAAUAUAUGGCAUCAUGCUGGCCUGCUGGCAGGGCGAGCCCAGGGAGAGACCCACGUUUCCAGCUCUGGUGGAGAUACUUGGAGAUCUACUUCAGGAAAACAGUCUACCCGAAAUCCCGUUCAAUGUGUCUCAGAGCUCAGAGGAUGAUGGCUUCUCACAAGCUUCCUCUAGACCACCAUCACAAGAGGAGAUCAGACUCGCCUGCAACACAAUGUCCACUCGAUAUUACAACAGUGUGAUUGCAUUCGGGUCAUAA